CACGCAAACAAUCGAAGAAUCCUGCACAUUCCUUACUGGAAUAAGAAUAAGAUUUAAAUGUCUUUACAUGGCAGUAGGUAAACGAGUCAUGUCGUUAAGGAGAUCUUUAACUGCGCGUUGCGUCGACUAUGCGUUUUACAGCAAAAUAAUGCAAUAAUUCGAUUAGCAUUUAAUCUGGGACUAACGUUAUUGUUAUAUCGCACGGAUACUUUUUUGCUCAAAUUAAGAUGGAUUCGCCCAAGGAAUUACCUCCUUCUUCAACGAUCUGAAUGCAAACGAGUAAACACGAACGAUCUCUUAUUGGUAUGAGAUGUUGUUAGCCUCGGCCGUGGUCGUCUGGGAAUGGCUGAACGAGCACGGGCGCUGGCGACCCUACAGCCCGGCGGUGUCCCAUCACAUCGAGGCGGUGAUCCGCAGCGACCCUCGCGGCGCCGGGAGCGUGGUGCUGGGCCAGGUCGACUCGCGUCUGUCGCCGUACAUCAUUGACCUGCAGUCUAUGCACCAGUUUCGGCAAGAUACCGGUACGCUAAGACCCGUGCGGCGAAGCUUCUACGACCCGCGGUCGGCUCCGGGUCAGGGAUGUGUGUGGGAAUGGGAGAACGACUCGGGCUCAUGGACGCCGUACGACACCGAGGUCAGCAUCGCCAUCCAGGUGGCUCGGGACCGGCAGCAGCCCUGGCUGGACUUAACGCCACUGGGCUUCUGCUACCUUAUAGACCUGCAGAGUAUGACACAGAUCAACGGACAGACGCAGCGGCGCCGGCGCAUCCAGAGGCGCUCAGACCUGGCCUACCCGCUCGUCUCCGGCCCGCUGCCUAAACCGCACGCGUGGUCAUCCGCUGGAAGCGGUGGACUCCUGGGGGUGGGUGUUUCGGGGGUCAGCGGAGGGAAUGGCAGUGCCUAUCCCAGUGGAGCUCUCCCAGCUUCUGCUAUUACUUCACUGGGUCAACCGUGUUCCUGCCAACAGUGUAUGCUAGUCUUAGGCAUCAAGACCCCUAGCAUGGCACAAACUCUCGGGCGGAAGCCCCCGCCCUUACCCAAGCCGCCGAGCCCAAAAGCGUCAUCAAGAGGACACUCGUACUCCCUUACCCUGCCUCACCCUCCAUCCCUGUCCCGAGUCCUCUCGCCACAUAGGAACUCGACCUCGGGUGCUAGCGGAGGCUUUGGACACUCCCUCUCCCUGCUGGGCUCAGCCACUGCCGCCAUGUCGAUAUCCUCCAACCGUCCUCCUCCACCUGCUGUGCCGCCACCCCCGCCGCCUUCCACCACACCCCACAUGACCUCGGCGCCCAACCCUACUGCACCUACACCCUCCAAUGCCCUUAUAUCUACAGCGACCACCUGCGCUCCCACGCCCUCUGCUCGUGUUCUGGGUCCCGUGUCGACGGCUUCAGCCGCUUGUGCCGCUCCAGUGCCACCUCGCAGCAGUCUGGCUGGCCUUAGCCGCCCCGCCCUGCAGAGAAUCGCCAUGGCACAGUCACGGGCACUCAUUGCAUCAGGAGUCCCCACCGUCCCAGUGAAGAACUUAAAUGGAUCCAGUCCUGUCCAUCCAGCUUUGGCAGGUAUCACUGGGAUUCUAAUGAGUUUCAGUAGAACUUCAGAAGAAGUUGUUAGAAGAUAUCUCCAGAAAGUCCGCAACCCACCUGAGGAGGAUUGUACUAUCUGUAUGGAGUCUCUCUGUGGCCCAUCUGGUUAUAAAGGCCCAGGUGUAGGUGGCAUUUCUCGAGCAGAGUUAGUGGGUCGUCUGUCUCAGUGUGGGCAUCAGUACCACCUGCAGUGCCUGGUGGCCAUGUACAACAACGGCAACAAAGACGGCAGCCUUCAGUGUCCCACCUGCAAGACCAUCUACGGUGUUAAAACCGGCAACCAGCCACCAGGAAAGAUGGAAUACCACGUCAUUCCUCACUCCCUUCCUGGACACCCUGACUGCAGAACCAUCCGGAUUAUCUACAACAUACCCCCUGGCAUUCAGGGUCCAGAGCAUCCCAACCCCGGGAAGCCCUUCACAGCCCGUGGAUUUCCAAGACACUGCUACCUCCCUGACAGUGAGAAAGGCCGCCUGGUGUUGAAGCUGUUGCUGAUUGCUUGGGAACGCCGGCUGAUCUUCUCGGUGGGCACAUCCAGCACCACGGGCGAGACCGAUACGGUCAUUUGGAACGAGGUGCAUCACAAGACCGAGUUUGGCUCCAACCUGACCGGCCACGGUUACCCAGACUCCGGUCACCUUGACAACGUCUUGGAAGAGCUGAGGGCGCAAGGCAUCACUGAGGAACAGUGUCUGAGGGACUGAAAAUUCAAGUCGGGACGACAAAGACUGAAUGUUUUUUUGUGUUAGUGUUGCCAAAUCUGAAUUCAAUUCCCAGCUCUUGUUUCUCUGAAUACCUGAGACACUUUCGAAAUCAAAAAACACAAAGUUUAAAGGUUUCUAAGUCAUCAUCGCUCAGGUUUUUCAGUGAUAUUAGCCCUCCUACUGCUAAAGAAAUUGUACGAGCCUGUCAGAAGUGGGACGGCCAGCUGCAAGAGCUGUAAUUUACAAACAACAUUGCACUGUGCGUGAUAUUGUGGUGGAGCCGUUGUCUUUUUGAAAAUUCCUGUUAGUAUCCUCCCCACAGAAACUAGAUUUGGUACGGUGCAAUUUUGUGGCUAGUGGGCUGCAGACAUAGACGAAAAACCGAACUGCCGGUGUCUGUUCAACCAUUUAAUAAUGUAUUGUAGUUCUGUGAAGGGUACGCAAAACAAAGGUACUUGUGCAUGUAGUUGUAUCAUUCGGAGCAGAGGCGAUGACCGAGGCCGCGCCACUUGUUGCUGACUUUGAAACUCCAGUUGCAGUUUUAGAUGCUGGAACGGGGAUGUUUACUGCCUCAUAGUGGCACUUGUUAACAUUAUACAUUCCAGUAAUAACCAUGGUAUUUAUUUGACGACAUAGUUUUCGAAAUGUUUGCAGCAGUAUUUACAUUAACCACUUAUAUUUGUACUUAUUUUAUUGUAUCUUACAUUAUUUUAUAAUGUCGAAAUGAGAAACCUGCAUUGUCAUUGAUUUUGGGAUGGAAACCAAUCUCUGUCCGGGGACUGAAAGAGACAUUCAGUGCAAACUGCUUUGUUGAUCAGUAUUAAAGAAAUGUUGAGCCAAGGUGAGAUUGGUGGCCAACAGAUGGACAAUGCACAAAUUUAGUGAAAACUCAUUUCUUUGUGAUUGGAUUUGCUGGCGGAGAGCGAGGAAUUACAAACAGGGCCUGUGCGCAAACUGAGCCAAGCUCAAUAAAAGUGUGUUUUUUUUAUCACCAGUUUAGGAACCAUCAAGGUUUAGAUUCUCCAAAGUUGAAGGUGUGGGCCUUUUAAAUGGUUAUGAAGAGCAACUAACCUACCCUGUUAAGUCCGUUGAAGUUGUAUCCUGUGGACAAACUAUCUCCGGUUGCCUUUCUGGUCGGUUCUCGGUAGGUCUGUGGUGGUCCUGUUUACAAAGCUGUUGACGAAACGUCUGCAUGUAUGUACAUGCAAAUGUGUAAGCUUACAUUUAUAAUUGAUGUGCUGUAUGUAUGUGUUUUAUGUACACAAUUAUUUUCCCCUGCAUCCAGAAGCAUGUUGUGGAAGGAAAUGAGUAUUUCUUUUAUCAUUUUUUUUAUAAUAUGCUUUUAAUUGAUUUAACUUUUUCUUAUAAGCUAUUAGUUUUUUUUCCCACUGUGAAGUUUUUAAAAUUUCUUUUAUCGCACUUGUAUGAUUUGAUGUAUUGACCAGCCACGUUCCUCAUGAUAGUUGCUAUGGAGACAACAGUGAAAAUGGCAGGCUGCCAGGACGAAAACUGUGAAGACAGAGAACGGAGCUAGGAGAACUAAUGUUGCUGUAUAAUAUAAAAUGUACAAAACAACUCUUGCAUAUUACAUAGCUGCUGGAAUACUGAAUAAAUAUUAAAGG